GGCUCCGAAGAAGACGGAGGAACAAAAUAUGGCGGAGUACGGGAUUGAUCAAUCUUACCGGCAGGGCGACCAGCAGCAGGUGGUGGUGAAGGCGGUCGUCGCAGCGGUGGCGGGGAUGUCGUUGCUGGUGCUAUCGGGGCUGACGCUGGCGUGGACGGUCAUCGCGCUGGCGGUGGCCACGCCGCUGCUGAUGAUCUUCAGCCCGGUGCUGGUCCCCGCCGCGAUCGUCGUCCUGCUGCUGGCCGCAGGCUUCCUGGCAUCUGGCGGGCUGGGGGUGGCGGCGCUGGCGGUGCUGUGGUGGAUGUACAAGGACCUGACGGGGAAGCAGCCGCCGGGGGUGGAGCUGCUGGAGCAGGUUCGGCAGCGUCUGGUGUCCAAGGCCCGUGACAUCAGGGAGUCGCUGCAGCAGCAGCAGCAGCUGCACGAGGCCACCCAGUGAUCAUCGAGGAUCAUCGAGAAUAGUACGAUCAUGUCAUAGAUACUAAGAUGUCACCUAAGAACCUUUGACCAGUCGUUCAUGCGUGUCUUCCAACUCUCUCUCUCUCUCUCUCUCUUGCGUCUUUGUUGGCUUGGAUUUGUAAUAAAACGUGCCUGUGUGCAUGCGUGGAAUCAAUCAAAGAAUGGGUCGUGGUGGCGGAAUCAACGUCGCCAAGAGAGGCAGCUUGACUGACAUCAA